AUAUUGUAUCUGUGUGCUCUCUCUCUCUCUCUCUCCCCCCAACAUACACACUCGAUCAUUUCUCUCUCUCUGAAAUUUCUGUGUCCGGCGUUCUUUUGGAAUUGGAAUCGUGAAGAUGGAGCGUCGUACACUGGAUAUCACGCUUCGAUAUGCUAAGGAUUUGAAGAAGAUAAACCUCAUUUCGACGAUGGAUGUAUACGCCAUCGUUUCCAUCUCCGGCGGCUGUGAGAACUCGAACCAGACGACAAGAACGCCGGCGGAUCGGGAAGGCGGCAGGAAUCCCACGUGGGAUUUCCCGAUGAGGUUCGUGGUGGAGGAGGCGGCGCUGCAGCAGAACCGCCUCACCCUCGACGUCAAGCUCAGGUGCGAGAGGGUUUUAGGGGACAAGGACAUUGGUGAAGUCCACGUCCCCGUUAAAGAGCUUCUUGAUGGCGGCGCCGGAGGCCGGAAGUUCGUCAGCUACCAAGUGAGGAAGCCCAGCGGAAGGCCUAAAGGCCAGCUCACUUUCUCCUAUAAAUUCAGCGAGAAACCCAACUCCUCCGCAGCGCCGCCGCAGCCGCCGGUGGAGGAGGUAUUUCCGGAACCAGCGACGGCAUACCCGAUGGGCGGACGCAGUUGGCCAUAUCCCGCGAAGCCGCCGGGUGUCUACCCUCCUCAUUACCCGGCAGCGGUGGAGGAAGUUGGAAGACUUUACCCACCGCCUCCGGCCAGGUACACACAAGUUGGAGGACUUUAUCCUUCGCUACAGGGGUAUGCUUAUCCACCACCGUCCUCGCCGCCGCCUGGUUAUGGGUAUCCACUGCUACCGCUACCACAGCGUGGGUACGGGUACCCACUGCUGCCGCCUCCGCCAGGUGGUAAGCGUGUCCCCUCUGCUGCCGCCUCCGCCGAGUUACGUGUAUCCGCCGCUGGCGGUGGAGGAAGCGCCAAGGAAGAAUAA